AUCGGAGCGGAGUGGUUUUUUUUUUUAUUCCCCCCCCCCCCCAUUUUUCUUCCCACCCAGCGGACCGUCCGACUCCCCGCACACGCAGCGCCCUCCUCAGCAGCACCCGUCGCCGGCCACGGAGCUACGCAUCACUCGAGACUGAGCUGAGAUGGCAGACAUUGACAACAAAGACCAAGCGGAGAUGGAUCCAGCAGAUAUGGAAGACGUGGAGGAAGUGGAAGAGGAGGAGACGGUAGAAAAUUCAAAAAGCAAAGCUCGUCAGCUGACGGAGCAGCUUAUGCAGAACCCACAGAUACUCGCCGCGCUGCAGGAGGGGCUCGACGGCCUCAAUGGCUCACCAUCAGGGUACAUCGAGAGUUUACCAAAGGUUGUGAAGCGACGCAUCAACGCCCUCAAGAACCUGCAGGUGAAGUGCGCCCACAUCGAGGCCAAGUUCUACGAGGAGGUCCACGAGCUGGAGAGAAAGUACGCCGCCCUCUACCAGCCGCUCUUUGACAAAAGAAGUGAGAUCGUCAAAGCGGCGUAUGAGCCCACCGACGAGGAAUGCGAGUGGAAAGCAGAUGAGGAGGAAGAGCUGACAGUAAGUAAGCAGGAUGAGAUGAAAGAGAAGGCGAAACUGGAGGAGGAGAAGAAGGACGAGGAGAAGGAGGACCCUAAAGGCAUCCCCGAGUUCUGGUUAACAGUGUUCAAAAACGUGGAUUUGCUCAGCGACAUGCUGCAGGAGCACGAUGAGCCCAUCCUCAAACAUUUACAAGAUAUCAAAGUGAAAUUCUCAGACCCUGGCCAACCAAUGAGCUUUGGGUUAGAGUUCCACUUUGAGCCAAAUGACUUUUUCACAAACACAGUGUUGACGAAAACCUACAAAAUGAGAUCGGAGCCAGACGAGAGCGACCCUUUCUCGUUUGACGGACCCGAGAUCAUGUCGUGCACAGGUUCCACGAUCGAGUGGACAAAGGGCAAGAACGUCACGUUGAAAACCAUCAAGAAGAAGCAGAAGCACAAGGGCCGCGGCACAGUCAGGACAGUCACCAAAACGGUCCCCAACGACUCCUUUUUCAACUUCUUCACCCCGCCAGAGGUCCCUGAAAGCGGAGAGUUGGACGAGGACUCAGAGGUGGUCCUGGCGGCCGAUUUUGAGAUCGGCCACUUCAUCCGCGAGCGCAUCGUCCCACGGGCCGUCUUGUACUUCACGGGAGAGGCGAUAGAGGAUGAUGACGACGACUAUGACGAAGAAGGGGAGGAGGCUGAUGACGAGGAAGGCGAGGAAGAGGCCGACGAGGAAAACGACCCCGACUACGAUCCCAAGGUUUAAGUGGUGACAGUAGAAAAAUAACCCUGUCCCGAAGGACACGGCCUCCCCUGCUGAGUGCAAGCCUCAGUGAAGCGUGGCCUUGCUGCCUCCACCAUCCAACUGCACUGUUCACAUCUUCAUUCAAACAAAACGGAAAAAAAAAACUGGGGGAAACUUAUAAAUAUAUAUAUAUAUAUAUAAAUAUAUAUUACGAAAAGAACUAGUGACUUUACCGCCUUACAAUGUUUUUGUAUUUUUCUUGGUAGGCAAUUUGAAGGUUUCAAGGUUUUCGUUAAAAAAAAAAAACACUUUCAAAACACGGUAAUAAUACUUUGAGCCGUGUGGCUCGUUAUAUAGUAUUUUACUAGACUUUUUUUUUUUUUCUUCUCUAUACAAUAGACGGGGCAAAAAUAAGUUUAAGGAAAAAAAAGCAUGAUCUUCACCGCUAAACUAGUUCUUGUGAAGUCUUUUUGUGGUAUUUGCUCUCAGACAACAGCUGUGAUUUGAGACGGGAUCGAACUCAUUCCACCCUCCCCUCUCAUCUUUUUCCUCGAUGGGUCUUUCUGUAAAACCCGUUAGCUGUACAGUUGUUUACUCGUGUACCACAACAUUCCAGUCAACAAUGCGAUGGGGGUAAAUUUGGUGAAACGCUCAAGGAAUUGAACAAAAACAACAACAAAAAAAGCAGGCUGAUCCAUCGUUUCGUGUUUUCGGGUCCCGUUUUGUGACCUUCCCUCGCCCUGCGGCACUUCGCGUUGGUACAGGCCAUCUCGUUUUGACUCCCACUAGCACACUUAGUCUCGCUUAGCUCCCUGUGUCUCCGCUUAUUGACCACGGAAUGCAUUCUUAGCACUGUGAAUGAAAACCAGGGAACGAAUGACGAGCCCCCCUCUCCGGUGGCCGAUGACCCCCCCCCCCCCCCCCCCCCCCCCCGCUGCCACUCCCUUAACAUCCUCUCCAUCUUUUUUUUGCCGUACCCCCGAUGAGGCCGCAGGAGCAAUAUUGCAAACCAGAAGGGUGACUUGAGUUGCUGAAAUGGCUUUUUUUUUUUUUUUUUGCCUGUAGUGCUGCAGCUGUUGUCGAGGCAAAUCACUGUUACAAAAAAAACUGUAAUACUGAAUUACUGUAUGUGUAUGUUCAUGAAUAAAUUGGUUAAACAUG